AUGCCACCAACCCCAAGCCAACCCCAACCCCACUGCCAGCAGCAACCCCAGACCGACGAUCCUCGAUCCUCGACCCUCGACCCUGAAGACUUAAGUUCCUCAACCCUCAAUAACUCCAGAUCCUCCCUAACCCAUUUUGCCCCUCCAAGAACAGCCUCAAGCAGAAUCCAAGCAAAACCUGCUGCUUGGACAGAGCGCCCAGGGCUUGGUGGCGUCCACUCUGCGACCACCUACAAGUAUCCUCGUACUAUACCGAGUACUUGUACCCCCCUCUUAUCCUCUCCUCCCUCAGUUGUUGCCCUUGGCCGCCUUCCAUUCCACCCACAUACUAGAAACCUUGCGCUUGGGACCUUGGAUUCCGUUGCAUUUAUCCGCAUUGGAGCGUUCUGUUUCGCAACCCUGUUCGACAUGGCAACUGCUGCUGCCCUUCCAGCUCCGGCUACAGAUCGAUCUGCUCUGAAACCCGCGAGAUCAAUGACGCACACUUUUCGAGACCACCGGGCGAGUACGGGGAGGACUGUGAAGCGGAAGCCCAAACCUGGCCAACCCUUCGACCCAGAGGACUUGACCCGUCGACUUACAGUGGUUAUAGAGGACCAGAAGGCAAAGACCGAGCGGCGACGAGCUGCCAGAGCGGCCAAAGUUGCAUCAACUCAUCAGGAUGUCAUAUAUCAUCACGUGCCAACGGUUGCUGCCGCGGCAUUCGAGAGGACCGCAACACCAGAUACUCUGCGGCAGGUACACAAGUUAGCCCGGCCCGCAGCCAGGGCUCAUUUCGACGUCCUCCAAACCGAGAACCAACAAUUGGGAUAUGCUGCUACGGCUCUUCAAAAGACGCAAGCCAUUGAUCAAGUCAUGGUUGAGAGGGAAUUGACCAGGAGCCGGAACCAGUUUCAGUGGAGUCCAGAGAUGGAGGGUGCUGCCGAGGCAGACUUUGGCCGCGAUCUAUACAAGCCACCACAGCGAACCUUCACUACACAUCUAAAAAACGGACAGGGUGGCCCUCGGCCGAUGAGCACGGGGGAUAUUUUCUCGGAGGAUGACGAAAUCUCAGUAAUCACGAAAUCGAAAACCAGACCGUUGUUCGACGCAAACGAUAGGAAUAAUUGGGUGCAGCAAGACGAUAAUAGCGAAAGCGGACAGCAGAAAAAAGAGUGGUCAAGUCCGUUCUUGCGGAAGAAGCAUUCAAGUUGGAUAAUGAGAGUUAGGAGGGACAAGAGUGUCAGACGGGACAAGGACGAUGAAGCGGCAGGUAGUGGAGAUUCAUGCUCGCCGCCAGACAGUAAUAAAGGCGGAAAGACAAGGUUUCUGGAUCGUUUCAAACGCCAUCCAAGCUGA